GACCCUGUCGUAUCCAAUCUCUUUGGAGAAAACUCCGAACAGUGCAAAAGUUGGACGGAUUCGUCAUUGGAUUCUUUAUAGGAGCAAAAUCGCAUAUUAGCAGUUUCAUCUGGAAACAGAAACGCUAGCAAUUUGUCGCGGAAGUGCUGCGCAGUGCGCGUGUGAUAUUUGUGCCGACCGGAAGUGGUUCGAGGCAACCGAAAUCUAAAACUGAAAUUAGUGCAAUUGACUCGAUUUUUCUCAAGUGCGUGAAGUGUUGGAAGGAAGAAGACUUACAUGACAGCUGACAAGAAGAAAAAGCGAAGCGAAAAACUAUCCUAGGUUGGUGGUGGUGAAAUACGAUCCCGUUUUUUGACCACAGUUAGUGGAGAUUUGAUAGAACUAAAACAUCUUUUGGUGCCGGGGGUACUAUUAGAAAGACUUGAGUGAGGUUUUUGUUGUGCAAAUUCAAAUAAUCUGAAGUGGUUCAGAAUUCAAAUCAACCCAACAGGAAGGAAGAAGACAAAAACCAUACGAACGCUGGUAGUAAUAUGAGUAAUGCUAUUAACCAAAAUGGUACAGGUCUAGAGCAGCAGUUUGCUGGUCUGGACUUGCAGCAGCAGCAGCAGCUGAGCACGCAAGAUUCUGGAAAUUUGAAAUCUUCGGCUGCACGUUACGUUCCACCUCAAUUGAGAAGUGGCCGUGGUGGUGGCGGCGGUUCUGAAGUCGACCCUCAGCACAGUGGUCACGGAGGUUACGAUCGUGGCGGCCGUAACAACGACUUUUCCGGCGGGUCUGGAAGAGACCCAUCUUCGAGAUACUCGGAUCGUGGAGAGUACUUCAAUAAUCGGGGCGGAGAUUUUAACCGCCGCGGAGGAGGAGGUGGACGCUUCCAAAACGAUAGGCGUGAUAAUUACAACCGCGGUGGUGGUGGCGGAUACAAUAAUCGUGGAGGAGCACCGCUGGACGGGCACGAUAAAGAACAGCAACCGCAGGAGUUUGAAGCUAAUGGCGGCGACGAACAUCGUGACGAUCAGCCUAACGAUCGCAAUGAACAGAGGGGUGGCAACUGGUCUAACGGUCCUCGCGGUGGUCGCGGGGGAGAUUACCGUGAUCGCGCAAUGGAUAAUCGUCAGCCACAGAAUGAUCGUUGGCAAGAGCCACAUACCAACAACGCGGAUCCCAGCGGGGGAUACGGUGGUGGCCCCGGUGGUUACGGAGGCAACCGCGAUAGAAGAGACGAUCGCGGACAGGGUAUGGGCGGACGUUGGAAUGACCGGGGAAGAGGAGACAUCGAUUAUACGCAGCUCACCGACCGCGAUGAGCGUCUUGAAAUGGAGCUCUUCAAACACGGUAACACCGGUAUCAAUUUCAGCAAGUACGAAGAUAUUCCCGUGGAGGCGACGGGUGAUGACGUGCCUGCGCACAUCAAUUCCUUCGACGACAUUGAGCUGACAGAGAUCAUUGAUAAUAAUAUAAAGCUGGCAUGCUAUGAUAAGCCGACGCCUGUUCAGAAAUACGCCAUCCCUAUUAUUAUGAACGGAAGAGAUCUGAUGGCUUGUGCACAGACUGGUUCUGGAAAAACCGCCGCCUUUUUGGUUCCAAUUUUGAAUCAAAUGUACAAGCAUGGGGUCAGUCCCCCACCGCAAAAUCGCCCGUUCAAUCGUCGCAAACAAUACCCACUUGGUUUGGUGUUGGCUCCAACCCGUGAGCUGGCAACCCAAAUCUUCGAGGAAUCUAAGAAAUUCUGCUAUCGCUCGCGUAUGCGUCCGGCCGUUUUGUACGGAGGGAACAAUACUCAAGAACAAAUGCGCGAACUUGAUCGCGGAUGUCAUUUAAUUGUCGCUACUCCCGGUCGUCUUGAGGAUAUGAUUGUCCGCGCCAAAGUCGGGCUGGACAAUAUUCGUUUCCUCGUCCUAGACGAGGCAGAUCGUAUGUUGGACAUGGGUUUCGAGCCACAAAUUCGACGUAUUGUUGAGGGAAGCAAAAUGCCUCCGACCGGGGAGCGCCAGACGCUGAUGUUCUCAGCCACGUUCCCGAAGGCUAUUCAAGAGCUUGCUAGCGAUUUUCUUCACAACUAUAUCUUUCUUGCUGUCGGUCGCGUGGGAUCCACCUCCGUGAACAUUACCCAAUCGAUCUUCUGGGUUGAUGAGAAUGAUAAGCGUUCCCACCUUUUAGAUUUGCUCUCAAACAUCAAGGCGCAAAAUGAAGGUGAAGACAAGGAUUGUCUUACACUUAUUUUCGUUGAAACGAAAAAAUCAGCCGAUUCGCUGGAAGAUUUCCUGUUCAAUUACCACCAUCCCGUUACAAGCAUUCACGGUGAUCGUACACAAAAGGAGCGUGAAGAGGCACUUAAAUGUUUCCGAUCUGGGCGUUGCCCUGUUUUGGUCGCUACGGCCGUUGCUGCCCGUGGUCUGGAUAUUCCCAAUGUGAAACAAGUUAUCAACUUUGAUCUGCCGGCAGAAGUUGAAGAAUACGUCCAUCGUAUUGGUCGUACCGGCCGUAUGGGCAAUCUUGGUGUCGCCACAAGUUUCUUCAAUGAAAAGAACCGUAAUGUGGCACAUGGAUUGGUCCGUCUGCUCCAAGAAACCCAGCAAGAAAUACCUACAUUUUUGGAAGACAUGACUAUGGAUCGGGGCCGUGAUAGGGGUGGCCGUGGUGGUGGACGCAAUCAACGCUUUGGAGGAGCGCCCUCUACCUUUGGCUCUAGAGAUUACCGUCAAUCAAACAAUAGGAACAAUAAUCGUGACCAACGCGGAGGCGGAGGAGGAGGAGGCGGCGGUCGUAGCAGCUAUGGCGGUGGUGGUAAUUAUGGUCGUGAUGAAGGAAGCUACUACCGCAACGGCGGUGGUGGAGGAGGAGGUGGCGGUGGUGGUGUUGGCGUAGGAGGUGGAAGUUACGGUGGAAGCUAUAAUAACAAUAGCUCUGGCCACGAUUGGUGGAACGAGUAAUUUACGCACCACCAAAACACAACAUUUCCAAAAAUAUUGCUGGAAACAAACGGAGAAAUGAUACGCAAAACAACUCAACAAGCUAACCCCACAUAGAUUCACACAGAUAAAAUGUCCACUUUAAAUUAGAGCUAGAACGAGCAAAAAAGAGAGAGAUAGUAAGAAAAGAUAGGGCAGUCAAAGCAAAGAUUGGAUGCGGUUAGAAACUUCACCCUUACAAAUUAUCUGUUUUAAAUUAUUUAAACGGACAAACGAGGAAAAAGCGAGAACUAUUAGUUAGAAGGCAAGCUUCCAACGGGAUGCUCUUUUAAUUUAGGUGUUGCAGGCUAACCGGUAAACGAUUGUAUGAGUUUUUGAACAUCUUACAGACUAGACUGUCUUAUUUGAAACGUCUAUGAAAAAAUGAGCAGUGAUUUUAUUAACAUUCUCUAUACGCGUUAAUAUCCCAACCAACAAAAAAAGAACACCGAAAUAUAUUGCAGUGAAAAAAACAAUAUAAAAUUUCCGAUAAAACUUAAAUUAUAGAAAAACAAAUAGCAUCGUGAGAUUCCGGACAUUCACUAUCCUAUUCAAAUUGAUGACCUUCUGGUCAUACUCAGCAAGACAGGUUAAAAAGGCAGUUACAGAGUCAACAGCGGGUGCAAACUACUCGAACUGAUCGAGCGAUUAUGAAAUUUUCCAACACCAAUUUCAGCAGGAAAGUAAAACACCCCGAACGUGACAAGGUAUACAUGAUUCUAGCAGCAAAACUGAUACGAUUAGACAAUUCGAUGAAGAUGGUAAGCAAGCGCUAA